GCCUUAUGGGGCUUCUCCCUCAUCGGGUCAUCCCUCUCCGCCCCGCAUCUCCCUCAUCGCCCCGCGCGGCCGCGCCUCCCUCGGUCCCUCCCCGCUACCUCGAACCUCUCCUCCUCCUCCUCCGCCGCCGCCUUCCCUCCGGCCAGCGCAUCCUCCUCCUCCGCCUCCGCCGUCCUCCGGCUGGAGGCACAUCCUCUGCCUCCUCUGCCUCCCCUCAUGUGACACAGCGCACAUCGCUUCCGAAGUCCCAAGAGCCACGUCGCUCGUGCCACCGGCCGCCGCUGUACGUCCAUCCUCUGUCUCCAGACUCCAACAGUGUGCAUCCGUCCCAGUUCCUGAUUACUUUUCCGCGACCGUGAGCUGGGAGUAUGGCCGAGGCAGCGAACGAGGAGGACGCCAAGAGGACAGGACUGGAAGGCACUGGCCUGCCGCUGCAAGGCGGCUCCCACGGCAACCUUCGUAGCGCUGGCAGCGACCAGCAGUUGAGGCAGAUGCUCGAUUCGCUCAAAUCCUCAAAGUCCCCGGCUGUGAUCAACUAUGGUGCCUCAUGGUGCCGUGUCUGCAGUCAGAUUCUUCCAUCCUUCUGCAAGUGCAGUGAUAAGUUCAAGAAACUUACUUUCAUCUAUGUGGACAUUGACGAGUGCCCUGAAACAACCCAAAACAUACGCUACACCCCGACCUUCCAUUUUUACAGAGACGGCGAAAGGGUCGAUGAGAUGCUCGGCGCAGGAGAAGAGAGACUACAUGAUCGGCUAUGGUUGCAUUCUUGAUUGAUUGGCCUCCACCUCCGUUGUUUCAUGAACCAUUUAUGUUGAAUGCAACUAUGUUUUUUGUCUCUCCAAAUUUCUACUUGUCAAACUCAAUGUUUCAGAGAACCUUG